AUGGAAGAUAUUAUUGUUUCACUUGAACCAGCAUUUCAUCGUGUUGAACGAUUUAUGUUAUGGCAUAAUCGAUAUGCAAGUUUACUUGCAUUUUUUAUUGGUCAUUGUAUUUUUUACGCUAUAGCACGAGCUGGUUUACGUCCAUUUUGUGCUAUUAUGCUUGUUGUUUUAAUAUUUCAUAUAUUGGAUUGUUUAAAAAAGAAACGAUCACAUUUAUUAGCUAAUGGCGAACAGAAUUUAUGUGAAUUAACUCAACUUGUUUUACGUUCAUACCGUCAUAUGUGUGAAACACAUGAAAAAUUAAAUACACUUAAAACAGAAAAUCGUGUCAAAUAUUCAAUACUUAUUAUUAUUAUUUGUCUUAUACUUGCAUAUAUUGGUGUAAAAAUAAGUGGUUUUUAUGUAUGUUAUAUAACUAUGUUAAUACUGUUUACAUUACCAGCCGUUGUUUAUCAUAAAUUAAUGCCAAAAUUACUUCAACGCCUAGCACCUGUACUUGAACAACUUGAUCAAUCAAUGGAAUAUAAACGACGUUCAUUACUUGAUCGAAAAGAUUUAUUAGUUAAAAUUGAUAAAUCAGGAUCAAUUGAUGAUGAUGAUGAUGAUGAAGAUGUUCGACGAUUAAAACAACAACGUGAUUUAAUACGACAAGAGCAAUUAGAAAUGAAACGUCAACCGUUAAAUUUAACUGAUGAUGAAGAUGAAGAUGAAGAAGUAAAUGAACUAAAAUUAGUUGAUACAAAUGAUCAAAGUCAAACAAUAUUAAAUUUUCGACAACGUUAUCAAAAUGAAAUAGAUACAGAUGAUGUAGCUCUUGUACCAAAACAAACAAAUGCAGGUGAUUCAAGUUAUGAUAUGCUUAGUGAUUCAUCAUCAUCAGUUGCGGAUGAUGAAGCAGCUCGUAUAACUGAAUUAUAUGCUAAUGUUGGUGAUCAAUUUGAUGGUAAACAUCGUAUAAAAAUUAAAAAUGAUGAAUUAAAAAUUAAAGGACGUUCAAAUAAACAACGACCAAAAUUAAUGGAUGCACAAUUUUUUCAAUCAAAUAUUGAUGAUAAUGAUACAAAAAAGAAGAAAUCAUCUGUAACAACAUUAAUUAAUACAGCAUCGAAUGUUCCACAUAAUGAACCAGAUUUAACAAGUUUUGAUUUUCUCAAUGAUUAUGAUGAAAAAGCAUAA